ACAAAGUUGCUUCCUCAUACAAGCACAUUCACGCUGCAGUACAGCACCAGGUUUUGCUUUUCUGGCAGGAUGUGGCAAAGGAAACCUUGACUUGACUAGGGCAACAAGUCUUUUAUGGACCACACAUUUAAAACGGAGAGAACUAUCCAAAUCUUUUUUGGUCUUUCUCAGCUUUGAUGGUGUGAAGCACAGCUUAGACAUAACAAAACAUUUUGGAUUUUGGAUUCUAAGAAAAGGAAAUGCCUACUGUCGGUGGGUAUAUGAGUUUUCGUUCAUCAAAGCGAUUUAAAUUGACCAGCAGCUACCCAGUAGAGAGCAGUGGUGGUGGGCUGCCAGCCAAAGUGAAGAAAAGCAGGAGCAGCUCAAGCAAUGGCAGCAUUAAGAAGGUGAAGAGCAGGAAAGCCCUGAGCAUGGAGGCGUCCCAGCUCGACAUCCAGGAACCGCACAAAACCAUCACAAGGUCGCAGACAUUUGAUGACAGUAGAGGCUUUGAGAGGACGGAGGGCACUGGCUCACAAAGUAGUUUCAUAAAGCACAACAAGACAUUCCACAAGUUGUUUCCAGAAAUUUCCCUGAGUGAAGACUUGAUACAUGCAUACAUCUGUGCCCUGCAGAAGGAAGUUCCCUACCAUGGUCGACUGUACAUCACUGACACCAAUGCCUGUUUCUACUCCUCAGUUCUGCUCAAGAACACAAAGGUAAUUAUUCCAGUUUCCUGUAUCCACAUAGUGAAGAAGCAGAACACAGCUUUACUAGUACCCAACGCCUUGUCGAUUCGCACCACAGAAGGAGACAAGUACCUUUUUGUGUCACUGCGGAACAGAGAAUCAUGUUAUCAGCUGCUGCGUUCAGUAUCUCCUCAGCUAGAGGAUGGCAGCACAAAUAGUAGCCCUAUCUUCUCCUCCGCUGAGAACAGCUUCGAUAAGUGCAAACUUGAGAACUCCAGCGAGUCCAGUCUGGACAACAGUUUCGACCAAUUCGAUGGCUCUGAGUCCCAAUCUUUGCAGGACCAGCCUCUACACGGACCACACAGAGAGGCAGUGCCUAAUGAGAAUGUCCAAGCUUUUGGGAACCUAAACAGGCAGCAGAGUGACAGCUCAUCCUUUGAGGAGCUGUCAGUAUCAGGUUCAGGUGGAUCGUGGGUUUGGAACGUAACGGAAAAGGCCAAAUCCCUGCUGGUUCAGAGAGAGGCCGACACCCUCAACACUCUACUCUUUAUUUAUUUGAUUUUGGUUGUGCUGCUGCUUUUGUCUUCUGGCUACAUUGGCUUACGUAUCGUGGCUCUGGAGCAACAGCUGACAUCCCUAGGGGCGCUGUCUGAGUUCACUUUACAGAGCGGGUACCAAGACACAUAACACUCAGUGACUGAAGGAGAGAUUGGUUGACUUGUGAUUGGAGGAUUACUUCAACCUUUUCCAGCAGAACGCGGCGGUAGAAAUUGAAUGUACUCCAGACUGUGCUCCCAACAUGGCCUGUGCUGUCAGCUAGAGGAAAAAUGGCCAACCUGUGCAAUGUUAGAGGCAACUUGUUAACUUGAAGGGCUAUACUUGCUCCUAGUGCAGUAGACAAAUGGACAUGCCACGAUUUAUUUACACAUCCGAACCAAAAUCCAUACAUACCCUGCCUGGUUGCAGCGUGUCUGUCGUUGAAACCAAAGCCAAAGGGCUCCAACUUAACAAUGUUCCUCACUGGCCAGGUUGACAGAAACUCUUCCACACCUGUGAAGUCAUUUCAUCCAUCGUCCUUCACACAGACUCCUCUCCCUGAGCAUGCGGUCUGAACAGGGCUAUACCAAUCAGCCAUUAGCCUGCUUUAGUGCUUAUUAUUGCACCUCAACACCAGACACGUAGUGCUAUGCGUAACCAAAGAUGCACACAGUGCACGUCUUUAGCAUGGGUGCACGAGGAGGAUUUUAAAGUGACUUUCUGUCUCUUAUUUACCCAUCCAACAGCCGAAUUUCUAAAUCCGUCUUGGUCCUUAAGUUCUGUCGGUUACUGCUCUUCGAAUGGUUCUUAUCUUUCUAAUCAGGUGUGAUCAGGAAAGGAUGAUAGCUGAAUCCUCAUAAUCAGCCCGGCCCAUGGAGGCGUGAUACUCUCCUGAUGGUCUUAGCCUUUCUCUCUUUUGCCAAUCAGCAAUUAUUGUAAUAUUUCAUUUCCUCGUGUUUGUCUUGAUUCAACCCCAUUGAUGAUCAAUGGUCAGAGGUUAUUUUCCCCCAGUCUCAACUGUGCAUGAAUGCAUCGUCAAUGCACAAAAAUGUGAUAACAAUAGAACACGAGGAGGUUAUCUCAGAGGCAUCAAUAUGUUUUUGUGUAUGGCUUUUCUACUUUGGUCUUCAAGAGUCAGUUUCAGAUGUCUGAUGUACUGUCUACCAGUCUGACCUCGUUGUUACAAGUACGAACUUCUUUCUUUCUCUGACAGGCCUCUUGAAUACCAAGUGGCAUUUCUCAACUGUUCAGGUUAUUUCAAGUAGCACCAAUAAUGUAUUUCUAAUGUUCAUGAAUGUGUCAAUAUCGACACUCCUGACUGAUACUGUCCCUGCAUUCUCACUCGUUGCCUGAAGAGGAGAAUUUGCAGCCACACUUACGCUAACGUCCCUCGUUUUCAUCCGCAAAACAAGUGGUUCAGAGACGAAAUUUCAAUAUGCAACAGAUUAUUAUGCAUGCCAAAAUGUAAUUUAUCUUUUUCUGCCGUUUUUAAAUGGAGCUUGGUGCUUGUAGAUAAGAAAUUGUGUAAGGGAAAAAAAGCAAAACAAAAAGAUUUGAGUGAAAGGAGCAGUUCAAUCGAGCGAGCGCACUUUAAAAAAAAAAACAAUGUGUUGUGCCUGUCACAAUCGAGACUGAGAAGAAAUGUCAAAGCGGCCGUUUUGUGGUAAUGAACGGUGCUGAGACCUUUUAAAAAAGACUUUGUUUUCACUCAGGGGUGGUGGGCGCUACCUGCCACGUGGUUUUAGGUCUUUAUCUUUUACUUUGUCAUUUCAAAGUCUUGUGCUAGUGAAGGGGAUCAUUUUUUGUACAUGUUGGCUUUGGUAAUUUCGCAAAUGUCCCUUUGAGAAAGAACACUACUUGUCAUUGAGAUUCCCUUGACUUUACUACUUAACAGUAUUCAGCUUCUCGGAAUGCUUGUCCCUCCCAUGACACUUUUUAAAAACUAACCUAACAAUGCAUAUCCACUCCACAUCUCAGCUCUUGUUGUUGACCCUGUUCUUUUCAAGGUGUAGCGAUGGGGUUUACUUUUGCUACAUCCUGUUUGAAGAGAGUCAUAUUCCUAUUUUCAGCAAAGGUUAUUGUCAGCAUGUCCCAUACAGUACUGUCAGUUCUAUAAUGUCCCACCAGAGGGCAGCACACACAUCCACUGUCCUUGAAUGGACUUGCAAUGCAAGAAUCUCAAUGAUGAGGGCGGUAUUUGUGUGGUUUUGCACUAUUCAAAGUGUUGUAAAUAAUUUUGUAACAGUUGUCACGGUCCUUAAUUCUAUUAUGGUCCUAUUGCAUUCUGUGUGAUUUAAAGUAAUCUCUGUGAGAUGACUUUGCUAUUGUUAAAAAUAAAUAAAUCCAAUGUUGUGAAGU